AUGUACACCAUGCGGCGAAGCAGCUCGAUGUUGAUCAAUGGCGAAGCGGCGCGGCUGCAAGAAGCGACGAGACGAAUGGAAAGUUUGCUCCGAUCUCUUGAUCUGCCGGAACGGUUGGACGUCGUCCUGGUGACGGACCCGUACUCGGAGACGGCAAGAGCGAAAAUCGCCAAGACGAAAAGCUUGAUCGCUGAGAUCAACGAUCUGUUUGCGGAAUCGACGAGAAUCUUGCAAAGCAACCAAACACUUCUCGAUGAGGCGACUAGCUCGCUGAAUUAUCGUCGGUAUGACUACGAUCGCUACAAUUUGUAUGAUUAUGGAUGGUCGCCGAGAUAUUCGUAUUUGGGCUAUGAAGAACAUUUUUGGAGAAUACCAUUGUUGGAGAAGACCAAGAAGUACGAGGGGAUUUUGUCGGAGGUGUCGACCAAUCAGCAGAAAGACAAGAAUCGAUUCGAGGAUCUUCUCAGAAAAGAGACACCGUAUGUCGAGUUUCACGGAGAGCUGGAAUCGGUUCAAAAAUUGCGAGCAUUGUUGGCGAGUUGGCGAAAUUUGAAAACCGAAAGAGACCGCCUCGAGCAGUAUAUUUUCUCGGCGAAAUCGCUCACCGCGAACAAUUUGAUAAAUGCGUUGGCUGAGACGAAUCUCAUUCAAAAACAUUCGAAUCCUGAAGAUGUUACCAGCACAUUGAUGUCGAGAUUAAGAGAGAAAGUCGAAGUGUCGCUGAUCGACCAGAAUAAACUCGUCGACGAGAUUCAGUGUUGGCAUUCUCGAUUAAUGACGGAAAGAACGAACGUGACGAACUACACACUAUUCGAUGAAGUUUAUAACGAAUUAGUUGGUGUCAGAAUGACAGCGAUUGAGAGAAACAAGUCUCUUCACGGUUUGAACUCGAAUCUUGUCCAAUUGAAGAACGAAAUUCAAGAAUCGCGAUUUUAUCGAUAUUACGAUAAAAAACCGUAUUACAGCAGUGUGAAGCACGUUUCUUGGGAUGAUUGUCCAAAAGUCUAUUCCGAUUAUUAUCCGUACACACCAAUUUCAACAUCGCCGUACUUAUGGUCGGUUGGGCGUUUGUCAUCACUCUCGCAUCUUUACUAA